UCCAAAGCAUGCGCACAACAAUCCCCAUUGCCGAACUGGCUAUCGGGAGACAAUUUUUUAAAAAAGAAAAAAAAUCGCGCGCCUCGAUGUUAAGUAUUGCUGACUUUUUUUUUCUCUGAAAGUUUGGGGAGAGAUGUCUUCCCGGCGGUUGUCGACGGCGCGUGAUCGCCGAAGGGAUGCUAGCACUUCUAAUUACAGGAGAAUGAAAACUGUUGGAAGAGCAACUACAGACUAUGGAGCAAGUCUUACAAAUACUGCCUAUCUUUCAAGAGGUAUGCUAUCCCUCAAGAAAAGAAAGUUAUUUGGUCAGACUCCAGCUAAGAUAAUGAUUUCACAAAAUCCUGAUCUACAGGAGGAAGCUGGUUAUCAGAUACGGUUCAUUAUAACUAAACAGUGGACCUUAUAUAGCGUCACUCCUCUGCAUAAAUUCUCUUAUGGACAAUUGCAAGAAUAUUCUAAACAACUAAGUAAUGUUAUUACUGCACAAAAGGAAAAGAGAUUCAUACUGGAAGGUGAAACUGAUCUGCCGUUUCAAGCGAAAUUUUCUUCAUUUUCUGUUUUGAAAACAGAAAAAAAACAAGCAGCAAUUCUUAUUGAGAUUAUGCAGAGACCUCAAAUGGUAGAUGAUGAUGACGAAGAAGAAGAAGAAAAGAAGGUGGUAUGGAUGGGUUGUUUAUGUUACACUUGUACAAGCGAUUUUGUUGAGACUCUCUCAGAGGAUUUUACUUGUUUGCCUUUAUUCCUUGUAAAUGGUGCACAGGGUUUCUCAAAUAUUGUUAAAACAUGGCUUCAGGAAACAUUUGAUUGCUAUUUCAGUCCAUUGCAUAUCACUCCUAUCCAUCUUGCAUGGAUGGCUGCAGUAUGGUCUGGAUGCAGUAUGGACCACUAUACCAAGGCAACAGAACUGACUUUCUCUGUGCCAUGUCUACCUUAUCCUUUGGAUAUUUCCUAUGCUAUCCAUCCUGAAGAUGCAAAAGCUCUCUGGGAUUCAAUACACGGUACCCAUGAAGAAGUUAAGCAGAAAGAAGUGGAAUUAUUCAUGAACUCCCUUUACAAGCACUUUCAUAGGCACUUCAAGAUAUAUUUAUCAUCUACACAGCUAGUGAAAGUUUCUACAUCUGUAGCCUCUAUCCAUUCAUUGGGAAAAAUAAAGAUUCACCAUGCCCAAUAUCUGAUGGGAGUUCUGUCACUGCUCACAGAACUGGCACUUUCAAAGAUACUGUGACAAAUUACUUACUAGAUUAUAUAAAGUUAACUACAGAAAAUUUUUUAGGAUGAAGUUUGUAGAAUUGUUUUUGUCCACUCUUCUCUAGUUGUACUUAAAUAGAAGGUAGGUUAAAUGUUUUGUAUAUAGUAUAAAAAGCUAUAUAGUUCCAUCUUCAUAGUUCUAAUAUGGAUUAUUAAAAGAAAUAUAUAACUCAAAAGUACAGUAUAAUGUUUACAACUGUCUAUAUACUGAACUUUUGCUCAGAAACUCUAACCAACUAGGUGAGAAAACUUCAUAAUUUUUAGAUUUUAAUUUCAGGUGUGUUUUUCAUGGAAAAAAACAUGGAGAUGGGAUUAAAUUGGGGUUAUAAUGGCGUGUUUUAUACAAAACUUGUAUCCAUAAUUGAUUACUUACUUCAGACAUAGCUCCGUGAAUCAUCGGAGCUGGGUCAGGUAGGGUGGGGUGGGCGCAAGAGGAAUGGUCUACGAUGAGCACCAUAUUCAUUUUACUAUCCAGGCAAGAGGUCGGAAGUGCUUCAAAGUAGGGCAGCCUAUUUGCAACAUGAAAAAACUUCCCGACAGUGACAAUUGCUUACCAAUGCAAUACUGUAGAUUGCCUCAAAUGGCAUUUACUUAGGGUGGAAAUUUUUAAGCAGAAUCUGGGCAGUCAUUAGCCAUGGAGUUGAACUAAGUCUCUUAAGUUUUUUCUUUAGGAGGAAAGACAUUGGAAGAAUGUAAGAGGAUAAUUUUCUAUACCUUUUAAGUGAAUCAUUAGGUAAUUAAUGAAAUUUUACAAAGUGGAAAAUGCCUGGUAUGCUUCUUUUAAGCAACAGCUGCCCAGAAACUGAAAUAGACAUUUAAAUAAACAAAUGUAUUGCUGUAGGUAUCUUAAUCAGUCAGAGAAGCAGCUGGGGACAGCAAUUCAUGGAUUAAUUUGGAACAAUAUUAUGUGGAAGGGAUUCAGAAAUUAUAUCAAAAACACACUUUGAAUUCUGAGAUACCUUUACUGCAUUGGAUGGCUCAGAUUUAGUUAAUAACUUUUCUGUGAAAAGUCAGAUAAAUACAGUUUAUGGACAAAUACAAAGAGUGGAAAGAAAUAAAAGGAAUACACUCAAAA